GUAUAGUCCAAUGCGGCCGACAGUGACGUCUGUGAAUUUCUGAAUAAAUACCAGAGCGCCACAAGUGAACGCGUGGAUUUAACUAAUGGAUGAGAAGUCGUAUGUGAACACCAGCACGGGGAACUAAUCAUUAAAAUACGCAUAAUUUAGCUAGCUACAACAUUUCUUUAUUAUAUCUGCCAAAAAAGAGCAACAAUGAUGAAUGGAGAGAUUAACGGUUUUCACAACUCCCUUAUCGACGAGGACUGCUUCCUAUUCACCUCGGAGUCAGUUGGAGAAGGACACCCCGGUGAGAACUAAUUUAGGCACAAAUACAGCCAAUGUGUUAUGGCUUGGCAGCUAUUUGUUUAGAUAGCUAGUUAGCACAUGCGCGUCGGUGUUCCUUAGCCUUCUUAGGUAGCUAAUUAUCGUUAGCGAGCUAACCAUCUCUGCUGAUCAAACCACGCCGGCGUCAGCAUCUUGCAUAAGCCGCAUGUGAGGCCCAAAUUGUUCUUAGUUUAUUAGCUAACCAGCCUGCUACUUUGCUGAGCGUUGGUCACAUGGCUUCUAUUGUGCAAUUACUAUCCGUCCUUGGGAUAGAUUGUCGUUACACAUUUGCAUCCUGUAGUCGUUGUCAUAAGCAUGCUUAUUUCAAGAGCGCUUUUGCCCAGCCAGAGCCCCCUGCAGAUCUCAAUAUUCAGACCAGUUUGCGCGCGCGCUCUCAGGGAACAAGGCCAUAUGUGUUGUCUGUGUAUAGCGUUUGGUUGCUAUGCAAGGGGCACUGAAGUGGAUUCAUUAAGAGUUCCGUGCCACUCCUUGUCUAUACUGGUCGUAGUUCAUCUUGGAAAUCCAAACAAAUCAGAUUUUUAGUUGCAUUUGAACUCGCGGAAAUGGUGGCGGAUUUAUGCUAAUCGCACGGCUACACCAAUAAAAAUAAAUAAAAAAUAACUGACCCAAGAUGGACCACGAUGGUCGUUUUUCCAAUGUUAGCAAAUUAACCAUAAUGGGCAGAACAAGCAAUCAGGUGAGCUGAGCGGAGCCAAGGAUACGCUAGCGACAACCUAUCGGCGCGUUCUAGCAUGUAUUUGCAUAAUUCCGUUAGGGAACGCCUACUCUGAAGUGCGCGUGUGCAAUAACUCAAUUCAUCCUUGUUUUCCUAUUAAACAACUCAAUUUUUGGGAACUUUGGCAAAUGGUGAAGUCUACAAAACGUAGUCCACUCUGUUCAAAACAGAUUAUAGUUUUGGGAACAGAACAAAUGUUUAAUCCACGAGAAUUAGCAGAAUGUCGGCCAAAAUCUUAUUUUCUCCCACUGGGCUUCCCCCUCCUCACCAUAUUUGGUGGUGAGUGGAAACGCCAACUGGAUGCUUCAGACCAAAGAGACAGAUGUAUAAAUCUCUCUGUGGCUACACAUACCGCUAGGCCCCUCCCACCAUCGCCAGAAUCCUGACAUAUGGUACAGCAUGUGUACAACUCUAGAACUGCAGUUUGUAGAGCACUGUGUACAAUACAAACAUGUCCAGCAUAAUCCAAACCCAUUGGAGAAGAGCACUUUAAUUAUUACCAUUUGUGCCAUGCUUUAUGUGCUCUUGAACAAGCAACCUACCAGUAAAUUGCACAAAUGUCAGUGUAGGAUUGUGAACUGGUACCAUCUGUAUUCUUCAUUUUACAGAUAAGAUUUGCGACCAGAUCAGUGAUGCAGUGCUUGACGCCCAUCUCAAGCAGGAUCCUGAUGCUAAAGUUGCUUGUGGUAAGAAAAAAGCACAUCCUUCCUCUGAUACAACUUCUAGCUGCACUGGAGUCAGCUGUGACCACAUGAAUGGAAGCAUCUCAAUAAACUCUGCAUCUUCUUAAUGGUAGUAGGCCUAUAUUAUGGCACAACUCCCCAGAGUUUUGACAGGUGAGUAUUGAUUGAUAUGCUUUUUCUGGAAAGAUAUGGUUCUAAUGUACUCUUCCCCCUCCACAUUUUUCAGAGACUGUUGCUAAGACUGGGAUGAUCCUGCUGGCAGGUGAGGUGACGUCGCGUGCUACAGUGGACUAUCAGAAGGUUGUUCGCGACACCAUCCGCCACAUUGGAUACGAUGACUCCUCCAAAGGUUUUGACUAUAAGACCUGCAACGUGCUGGUGGCCCUAGAGCAGCAAUCUCCAGACAUCGCCCAGGGUGUUCACAUUGACCGCAAUGAGGAGGACGUAGGGGCAGGGGACCAGGUAUGACUUGGGGUGCAGAGGACCACUGCAGUAGCGACGUUAGCUGUACAUUUAUCAGACUGCUAAAUAUGCAGCUUUCCUUUCAGAUUUAGAAGUUAUACUUUUUCAAUUGUCAGGGCCUGAUGUUUGGCUAUGCCACUGAUGAGACUGAGGAGUGCAUGCCCCUCACCAUUAUGCUCGCCCACAAGCUCAACGCCAAGAUGGCUGAACUGCGUCGCAAUGGCACCCUGCCCUGGCUCCGGCCUGACUCCAAGACCCAGGUAAGCUGCCUGUGUGCAAUUGAUAGACUAUUUACAUGAGGCUAAAUUGAGAAUGCUGAAAUGCCUAUAUAACUAGUUUGUCCUAGUCUAUCACACCUUCUGAUGAGUGCAAUAUUACUUUUCUUACUCAAUCUCUCCAACCUUGUUUGGGGCCAGCAGUAACUCCAGCAUAUAACUAGUUUUAGGUUGUUCCCCUGCUCAGACAUUGCUGAAACAUGCCAGACCUUACAAUGCCUGGAUUGGUAUUUUACGUCUCGGCUAACUACAUCAUAUAUUUUUGCAUUCUAGUGCCUGACGGCACAGUCGAUGAUUAGCAUGCAACCAUUGGUUGACGCAUGCAAUGUCUGAGUAAGGGAAAGCAACCUUAAUCUAGGCUUGCUGUUGAACAAUCCUGCUGAAUCUGUUUCUUUGUGCAGGUGACAGUUCAGUACCGCCAGGACCGUGGUGCCAUGUUGCCAGUGCGUGUCCACACCAUCGUGGUCUCCGUGCAGCAUGAUGAGCACAUCUGCCUGGACGAGAUGCGCGACGCUCUCAAGGAGAAGGUCGUAAAGGCUGUGGUGCCCUGUAUUUACCUGGAUGACGACACUAUUUACCACAUGCAGCCCAGUGGGCGCUUCGUCAUCGGAGGCCCACAGGUGAGACUAUAAGUCAGGGUUCGUACAGUCAUAAAUCCUGGAAAAGUCAUGGAAUUUUAAAAUGGUGUAUUCCAGGCCUGGAAAAGUUUAGGAAAAUGAUAAAUAUCUGAAAAGUUUUGGAGAAGUCAUGGAAAUGUGUCUCAUAAUUUCUGUUAAUGUAAUUUUAUUUAGGCCGUUUAAAAAAUAUUUUAUAAAUAAAAUCAACAUAGUAGAAUGAUACACAUCUGUUUCCCCCAAAAAAAUUUCAACACUCGCGAAUAAGGCCAUACAAAGUUUAUUUACUUUUUUACCGAUUCAUUUAAAUGAUACUUUUGACUAAACGAACAAUUCACUUCGCCAUUAUAUUAGUUGCGAUUUGGUUCAAUCACGGUGAAUCGAAUCAUAUGAAUCAAAAUAAUUUUGUCAAUCGCAAACAGUCAUUUUAGGAAAAUAUUUGUAGCCUUUUGGAUUAUGUGGCUUCAAAUUGUUUGGUAGACACUUCCAGUUCAUUUGGGCAUCCAAUGUAUGGGACAUUUCAACUCAAUAGCUGCUAGUCAGCCUGCAAAGUGAACACAAAAAAAAAAAAUGUUACGGUAGCUAAAUAUGACUAAACUCGACGGUACAUUUCCUGAAGAGAAUUUGUGUGCUUGCUUCAGCUGAAAUAAAAAUAUUUGUAGCCUACCAUAGCCAAUUGAUCUUUGACAUUUGAAUGAGCGAAUUAUUUCAAAAGGCAUAAAACAAAUUUGGUUCAAUGUUAUACAUCAAGGGUGGUGAACCAUCCUCCAGGAAAGCUAAUUGGUCUGCAGGCUUUUCUUCCAGUCCCGUCUAACAAACCACAUUUUAGAAAUUCGCUGCUCAACUGGACCUUGAUAAACUGGCUCUGUUUUGAGCAGGGCUUGAUCAAAAGCCUGCACACCCAGUAGCUCUCCAGACUGCUCAACUGGACCUUGAUAAACUGGCUCUGUUUUGAGCAGGGCUUGAUCAAAAGCCUGCACACCCAGUAGCUCUCCAGACUGAGGGUUGACCACAUGUUUUAUACAGUUGCCUAACAGGUAUUCUACUUUGUUGGGGGAGUGUGUGUAAGUGCCUUGUGCAACGAGAGAUGGUAAAUGGGAUCAGAAAUCAGCCUCCCAGUGUCUACCCCAUUAUGCUUACUAAUUUAUAUGUACAUAUAGAUGCUGCCAAUUGUUGGUCAUGGAAAUUUGGUUAAGUCAUGAAAUUAGGAACCAUAAUAAGUGGUGGUUGUAGGACUGGGCAUCUAGGACCUGUACCCUGUGCUUGAAGGGGUCAACACUAAAGUAACUUUGAUGCAUGGGGUUGUUUAACUGUUCAUAUAAAGCAUUUUUACAUGAUAUUUGAUCCAUAUUUUUGAUUACUGUCAAUUAUGUUCGGGUAAAUUGAAAAGGAAUGAGCAUGAACCAUUCCUCCUUCCCCUGCAGGGUGAUGCUGGCCUGACGGGCCGUAAGAUCAUUGUUGACACUUAUGGAGGCUGGGGGGCCCAUGGUGGAGGAGCCUUCUCAGGGAAGGACUACACUAAGGUGGACCGCUCUGCUGCCUACGCUGCCCGCUGGGUGGCCAAGUCUCUGGUGAAGGCGGAGCUGUGCAAGAGGGUCCUGGUCCAGGUGAGGGCAGGGUGAUCCUAAUAAGGAUCAUUUGGAAAUAUUCAGACCCCUUCACUUAUUCCACAUGUUACAUUUAGUCUUUUAAAAUUGAUUUAAAUCCUCAAUCUACACACUACUCCAUAAUGAUAAAUAAAAAAAUCUUUUUUAUUUUUUAUUUACUGAUACCUUAUUUACAUAAGUAUUCAGAUCAUUUGCUAUGAGACUUGAAAUUGAGCUCUGGUGCAUCCUGUUUCCAUUAAUCAUCCUUGAUGUUUCUACAACUUGAUUGGAGUCCAUGUGUGGUAAAUUCAAUUGAUUGGACAUGAUUUAGAAAGGCACACAACUGUCUAUAUAAGGUCCCACAGUUGGCAGUGCAUGUCAGAGCAAAAACCAAACCAUGAGGUGGGAGGAAUGGUCCGUAGAGCUCCUAGACAGGAUUGUGCCUGGCCAAACUGAGCAAUCUGGGGAGAAGGGCCUUGGUCAGGGAGGUGACCAAGAACCCGAUGGUCACUCUGACAGAGCUCCGGAGUUCCUCUGUGGAGAUGGGGGAACCUUCCAGAAGGACAACCAUCUCUGCGGCACUCCACCAAUCAGGCCUUUAUGGCAAAGUAGCCAGACUGAAGCCACUCCUCAGUAAAAGGCACAUGACCGCCCGCUUGGAGUUUGCCAAAAGGCAACUAAAGGACUCAGACCGUGAGAAACAAGAUUCUCUGGUCUGGUGAAACCGAGAUCGAACUCUUUGGCCUGAAUGCCAAGCGUCACGUCUGGAGGAAACCAGGCACUGCUCAUCACCUGGCCAAUACCAUCCCUACGGUGAAGCGUGGCGGCAGCAUCAUGCUGUGGGGAUGUUUUUAGCGGCAGGGUCUGGGAGACUAGUCAGGCUCGAGGGGAAAGAUGAACCGAGAACUACAGAUCCUUGAUGAAAACCUGCUCCAGAGCACUCAGGACCUCAGACUGGGGUGACGGUUCACCUUCCAACAGGACAACGACCCUAAGGAAGCCAAGACAAUGCAGGAGUGGCUUCGGGACAAGUCUCUGCAUAUCCUUGAGUGCACCCAGCCUGAGCCCGGACUUGAACCCGAUCAAACAUCUCUAGAGAGACCUGAAAAUGGCUGUGCAGCGACAGUCCCCAUCCAACCUUACAGAGCUUGAGAGGAUCUGCAGAGAAGAAUGGGAGAAACUCCCCAAAUACAGGUGUGCCAUGCUUGUAACGUCAUACCCAAGGAGACUCGAUGCUGUAAUUGCUGCCAAAGGUGCUUCAACAAAGUACUGAGUGAAGUCUGAAUACUUAUGUAAAUGUGAUAUAUUUCCCUUUUUGUAAUUUAGCUUGCAUUUCUAAACCUGUUUUUGCUUUGUCAUUCUGUGUGUGUAGAUUGAGGGGGGGGGAGGACUAUUAAUCAAUUUUAGAGUAAGGCUCUAACAUAACUGGAAAAAGUGAAGGGGUCUGAAUACUUUCCGAAUGCACUGUACAUAAAUCACAGGCGCAAAGGGGUGCCACAAAAUCAAACCUAAAGUCCGAUGCAUGUUUCUAUGCUCACGACUAUACAUCAGGUUGCCUAUGCAAUCGGCGUGGCCCACCCACUCUCAAUCUCCAUUUUCCACUACGGCACAUCCCAGAAGAGUGAGAGGGAGCUGCUGGACAUCGUCAAGAAAAACUUUGACCUUCGUCCUGGUGUCAUUGUCAGGUAAAGUAUACCCCUUUUGAAUCUGUGUGCCUCUCUGAAUCUGCACCUUCUGUCUCUCCUUUUACUCACACGUCCUCUAUCGUCUUUCUGUUCUGCCUGAGCUGUCAGCCAGUGUUCAGAGAUGGUUCUAACCCUUUACUGUAUGAUUCUCUACUGUGGUGUAAUUAAUGACAUACCUGUUAGCUACUGCUGCUUUCUUUUUGACUUAUGCGUCAAUCAGGGCUUGUGAUCAGUUUGCCAAUCCUGAUAUUCCUGUCCAACCUGUCUCGCUUUAAAUGCCAGUUAAGUACAGUAUGUAAUGCUUUGAGAGCUGCAGUAGAGGCUGUCUGAUCUGUUAGAUGGUAUGUUAAAUACCCAGUAUAAGGAAGGGUUUCCUGCUCACAUCCAACUGAAAGGGCAUAGGUUUCUCAGACCUUGUUAAAGUUCAAUGCCAUUUAUAAAUGGGAUUAGUGCGCUUUCAAUCUCCAAGCUGCAGUCCCCACACUGCUCAAGGAUGAGUUGGUUAGCAGGGUAAGUGUCAACGCUUCAUCCCUUCCUCCCCCCACUUUACUAGCUGUCCUAAUUAACCUUUCUGAUUAUUGCUUUCUUUCUGUGGCUCUUGACACUCCCUAUUAGCUGAGCGUUUGGCUGAGUAUUGAUGCGUUGAUCUGAGGUCAUUUCCUGUGAUGGGCCGCUAAAUGAGUCGAUUGUGUAUUCCAGGGAGCUGGAGCUGAAGAAGCCCAUGUAUCAGAGGACCGCUGCCUACGGCCACUUUGGCCGCGACUCAUUCCCAUGGGAGAUGCCCAAAAAGCUCAGAUACUAA